AUGCCAGUCACAAGAAGUCAAUCUAAGAUCCUGGCCAGCCAAGACCCGAGCCCAGCACAGGAGAAUCGGAUCUCCAAGUGCUUGGAACGGGAACAAGACAUGACAAGAUCGUUCGUUGAAUGGCUUGAUCUUGACUAUUCCCACAACUCGAUCCUAAAGCAGAACGAUACCGACUGGAAGCUCAUUCUCAAGAAGGCGCGAGAAGCUGAUGGCUGUCGCCAAAUCACUUGGACAAUUCCCGUGGAAAAUGACCAGAGACUAUGGAUUAUCAUACUCUACUCUAACGCGAUGGGUCAAACCUUGGAAGACUGGUGGCGAAGAGCUCAGCGAGACGAGUUUCGCCAGUCGGAUGCAAUGACACAAACCAUGAAAGAAGUCAUCUUCUUACCGGAUCCUGGAUCCCCGGACAAUUUCCACAGCAGUCUCAACGACAAGGCAAUCUUAAUUUAUCAGUAUAUGUCUACCCAUUGGAAAUUCAUAAUGGAUUGCUUUUCUAAACCUAGUCGUCCUGAUAUGAUCUAUGAGGUCUGGACGGUCUAUUUUCCGGUUGAGGAUAUUGUUGCUAUCUUGGAAUCGAACCUCCAUUCUAGAUUCCCGAGGAUGAGAAACCCCGGCUUUCUACCUGACGCAUCAGAAGACCCUCUCGGCGCGAUCUUGUUUCAAAUCAUCGCCUUGGUGUCUGGCGAAGUCGAAUACAAAGGACGAAGCUGCAAGCAGAUUGCGUGGUUUAUGAACUGGAAAUCGACUGGAGAGGAGAAAAUCUUUAAAGAAAUAGUGCGGUUUAGGAAAAAUAAAGAAGAAAGGCCAGCAGUGAUGGAUGUGUUCAUCAAGGAGCUACAGGGUCUGGGAAUGCUGGGAUAUGAGUCCUGCCAUGCUAAGUUUGAGGAAAUUAAAAAAUACACUUAG